AUGUCGCCUACACUGAUGGCAUUUGGGCACCUCUGCGUCUGUCGGCUGCAAUUCGAUCGAAACAGUUCAACACAGGCAAGCAAGCAGCUCGCAACAAAACGCAACGAAAGCCCUUUCAAGAGAACAACAGCAGUAAAACAAGCACGUAAACAUGUCCGAUCGCAAAGCUGUCAUUAAGAAUGCUGAUAUGAGCGAGGAGAUGCAGCAGGAUGCUGUCGAUUGCGCGACUCAAGCCCUCGAGAAGUACAACAUUGAGAAGGAUAUUGCGGCUUAUAUCAAGAAGGAAUUCGACAAGAAAUACAAUCCCACAUGGCAUUGCAUUGUGGGCCGCAACUUUGGAUCGUAUGUGACACACGAGACGCGCCAUUUCAUAUACUUUUAUUUGGGCCAGGUGGCCAUUUUAUUGUUUAAGAGCGGUUAAAGUAUUGUCGAGUCGGAUGAAGUGGUGGUCAGGAGGCUGGAGGAGCAACAGCAGCAGCAGCAGCAGCAACGUUUACAACAAGAGGAAGCGUCAGCUGCAGCUGCAGCUGCUGUUACGCAGCGGGAGGGGCAGCAGCAGCAACAACAGACAGGGGAUUUAGAUGUGCAGAUGGAAGUGGAGCAUGGAGAGGAGGAGGAGGAGGUGGAGCAGGAGCAGGAGCAGCAGCAGCAGCAGCAGCUGCAACUGCAACUGCAACAGGCAACAACAUCAGCGGUUGACAACGAUGAGGAGUUAAUGGAACAGCAGCAGCAACAACAGCUAGAACAACAAGAAUCAUUUGAAGAUAUGGAACUGGAUCUUGAGGAACUGGCGUUACCAAACGUGAUGCAACAUUACGUUGAGUAUGCGGAGGAGCAGGAACACGAGCACGAGCACGAAGACGAACACGAAGACGAACAUGAGCAGGAUCCAGAUCCAGAUCCAGAGCAAGAUGAUAAUGUUGAAGAAGAUGAUAAUGACACCAUAGUGGAGGACAGCGACGCAACCAGUUGCAGCAGCUGCCUGCGUGCCGAAAUGGAGGAGGCUGAGUAUCAGCAGCAGCUGCAGGAGCAGCAGGAGCAGCAGCAACAACAGCAGCAGCAGCAGCAACAACAGCAGCAGCAUCAGCAGCAGCUUGCGUCGUCAUCAACAGAAUCGCCAGAGCCGCCGUCUCCGCCGUCUCUUCCACCGACAGACAUCAUCUGAAGCAGUUGCUGUUGCAGUAGCUAUCGCAUCCUGUACAGCUUUUCUUUGAAGGCCGCCCAAAGUCGUAGGAGCUAAAUAAAACAUAAUACAAUAGGCACACACACAUACACACACACACACACACGAACACACACACAUUUAUACAACUGCUAGGCAUUACCAUUGUAUGAAUCGACUUACGCAACAGUUGGACCAACGCUGUUUUAUUUCUAUCUAUAUAUCUGGUCAGUUUUCCUUGACACCCCAUUCCAAUUCCUCCUUAUUCCGUGUACCAUUUAAGUUUUUUUUACAAUUUUCGUUUCAAUUAAGAUUUUUUUUUUGUUGCUGCUUUGCUUUAGUAUUUAUGAGUUUGGACACAGAAAAUGCCUAAUUGUAAUUGUAGUUGUUUAACAUGGAAAAUUGUAACAUAAAAAACAGAAAAAACACACA